UUUUAAAAUAGAGAUAUUUACCAAAUACCUUUUAAAAGAAAAGAAAACAAAUAUUGCAAAUACAUCUACAUUGUGAUUUGCUGAUAAAAGAAACAGUAAUUGGAAGAGAAAAUUUUCUAAUAAUACUUUCAUUGCUUGACAACAGCUGCAAUUCUGUCAUUAACAAACAGUGUUACAAACUAGAAUUACAUAAGAAUGACCAGGCCAAGGGAAGAAUCUUUACAUGAUCAGUUGAUUUGCUAAAAGUGACAACCAAGUCUCCUUCAAAAACACUGGCUGUCUUAAAGAAUGGAGAGAUACAUUGGAUAAGGAAGUCCAAGAUAUAUUAUGUCUGGAAAAAGGAUCGAUGAAAUUUUCAUUUGGAAUGCUUUUAACAAUUUUUGCCCAGUUUCUAAAAUAGAAACUAUUUAUUUCAUUUUUAAAUGACUGCAAAAUUAAUUGAUUAAAAAAAAAAUAUCAAUCAUUUGAUAAUUUCACUAUUUCCAUUAAGUGGGACAAAAUUAUAUUGGAAAAUGUAUACUUUUGUGAUUUCUUUUAAGAUUUCGGUUAACCUUUCUAGACAUGUCCAGUUCUUUUGAGAAAAGAACUGACAGAAAACUGUGCAGUGUUGUAUGACAAGAAUCUCUUACAGAAUCUUCGCCAUUAAUUGAACAAUGAUUAUUGGACCCAAAGACUAUUGUAAAUUUAAAGUAAAGACUUUUUAUGGACAUACUGAUGAGGUGAAUUGCGUUGCUUUCUCCCCAGACUUUAAACUCAUAGUAACUGGAUCUGAUGAUAAAAUUGUCAGAAUAUUCAACACAACAACCUGUGAAUUACUCUACGAGGUAGAAGGACACCAAGGUGCAAUUCGAUGUGUGGCAGUGUCACCAGACAAUGAAUUUAUAGCCAGUGGAUCGUAUGAUAAAGCCAUUCAGUUAUGGAGAAUAAGUGAUGCAAAUUUUUAUAACAAACUUUUGGGCCAUACCAAAAGUGUUGAAGUGGUUAUAUUUUCUCCAGAUUCAAAUCUGCUAUGUUCUGGUUCGUGGGACAGAUUAGCAAUUGUUUGGAAUAUAGAGUUAUGCCAAGCAAUAAUUUUGUUAACUGGACACAAUGGACUUGUACAAUCAGCUGCAUUUUCAGCCACAACAAAAUGGAUAGCAACUGGAUCUUGGGAUUUUAGCAUUCGAAUUUGGAAUUUGGAUGAAGAAUCUUCUAAAGAGAAUGCAUCUAAUAUGAGCCAAUUGUCAAGAUCUGACUUGAGGAAAAAGAAGAAUCUGAAAGCUGAUAUAUUCCCACUAAAACCCAAACCAAAUCAUCUUCUUCAGAAGCACAAAGGAAAUGUUCAUACUGUGGCAUUCUCUGGAAAUGAUGUACUGGCAAGUGGUUCCUGGGACAAAACAGUAUGCUUGUGGGAUCCUCUGAAGGGUCAGCUACUACACUGUCUUCAAGGACAUGAUGGCUGGGUACAAGUUGUAGCAUUUUCUCAUGAUAAUCUCUAUGUGGCAAGUGCAUGUGAAGAUGACACCAUACGAAUUUGGGUUGUUGAAAAUGGGAAAUGCUGCAAGGUUCUUGCGACUAAAACAGAAACAGUACAGCUGUGUGUUUUCACUCCACAUGGUACUCUUGUAACAUCAGGAACUAACAGUGCAACAAGUUCCUGCCACACACAUUAAAGCAAAAUAAAAUUAUA